AUGUCAAACGACCCGUAUGUUGAUUAUUCACAGCUUUUAUCGCACCUAUUGACAGAGGAAGGUGACCUGAAUGACGGAGUGGUGUCUUUUCUCUACCAUCUGUUUCCAGGGGACCUUUUCGUGAGAGCGAUGUCGCUCUUAGACUCCAGAGAUAUGUUUAUCUACCUGUUCGAUGAUUCGCGAAAUGCUUGUAAACACAGCGAGAGCACCGAGACUGAACCUGAUCGUGAUUUUGUCGCUUCUAGCUCCCCAUCGCGCGGCUCAGAGAACAAACUCGUGAAAAAGAGUUUGGAACAAGAUCAAAAAAACCAUAUCCCGGAAACAACGAAAACUCGUGCUCAACAAGCUACAGGAGAGCGGAAACUAGACACAGACCGCGAUCUCAAUGGCGUUGCAAAUACCGGUAUUUCAAGGGAAACAUCACAAAAAAAGUGCAAUGUCUCGUCCGGCAUCCAAGGAAAGAACAUGGUUGACGCGCUCUACGACGACGAUCCCGCACAAAGGAUUGUAAACAGAUUAGUGAUUAAACAGAACAACGACCAAACACCGCCCGUUUGUGUGGACCUCAACCGGUGGUUCUGCUCGUGCGAGGAGUUCAACACCCAAUUUCUUCAGAACAUCAUCAAACCUACAAACACAGACCCUCCCGACCAAACCACUCUAUAUUCUCGAGCGGUUCAAGAUCUCAACACAGACCACGUACCACAGCGAUCAGACAGAUUCGCACAAUUGCCCCACAACCCGGCUGAUCACGUCCAGCACUACUUUCGUCAUGAAAUGGCAAUGUGUCCUCAUUUAUUGGCAUUUGCCAUUCUUCUACAGACUUCCGCUCGGGUUCUUUCCUACUUUACCGACACGAACAUGACCGUUUAUCUGAUCACAGUGCACAAUUUAGACGAGUGGUUAAAUCUGCAUUUGAAUGUGGUAGACUAA